AUGCUCAGGAUUGAGCUGUUGAAAUCCAACACAAGCCCAUCACCAACACCAUGCACAGCAGCAAAACGAUUAUUCGACUUUUCAAACGUUGAAAUCUCCAAAAUCGCCUGCGUUCAAACGGAUGACGGAUCAUCCGCCACCAAAAAAUUGGCUGGACCUCCCCGCCAUAAGAUGGGAAGUUUUUGCACCAGUAUAGAUAUUGAGAUCCGACAUGAAGAUAAUAAAAUUUCAUAG